AUGGAGGCUGAACGCAGGGCCCAGGAGGAGGCUGAACGCAGAUCGCGUGAAGCCGAAUGGUACCCUGAGGUCCCAGCGUACUCCGGCCCAGUUGAGCCAGUGGACUACGCGACAGUGCACGAGGAUCACCUCUUGCGCGCGCGUCCAGACGUCGCUGAAGUGGCCACUGAGCUCGCGAAGCAGCAGUAUGAAGCGGACCGGGAAGACCUUGAGACCCGCUGGAAGGAACGCCUGAACGCGGCCGAGGCCAAGCUUCAACGCGCUUAUGCUGAACGCGCCAGCGCCGAAGCGGAGCGCUCUCACCGCGCUGAUGAAGCCGACGGUGAGAUGAAGAAGCGCUUGGACUCCGUGCAACAGACGAUUCAGAACGUACUCUUGGAGCGGGAGCGAGAACGUGCGGAACGGGAGCUCGAACGCGACACUACGCUGAACCGCCAGAAGUUCCUAGCCGACCAGAACCGCGAACUGCGUGCAACCCUCUCCCAGAACACGACCGAAGUCGGUGCUGCCCAGCUACGUGCGACCGUGGGUACGAGUCUGCCGAAGAAGGAAACUGCCGGAAGUUCCCAAGGGACGAAAACUGUGCCGACGUCGAAGAGCUCUGCAUCCAAGUCGGAAUCUGCGGCCAAGGGUUCAGCGUCAUCAGCGGCCAAGAAAAGUGUGGCCAAGAAAUCUGCGUCCAGAAGAUCAUCUUCCCGGAGGGGUACCAAGGAGGACGCAGGCCCGCCGUCUUCUGACCCAGACGACUCCGACUCAAGCUCAUCGGACUCCAGUGAUGACGAUUCAAGCUCCAGUGACUACAGUAGCAGUUCCAGCGACGACUUCGACCUGGACCUGACCACCUCGACGACGACCAAGGAAGGCACAACCGUUUGGACGUAUCGACCGUACAUCAACUACAAUGCGGUUGAGAAGUUCAGCGAAGAUGCGUCCGUGAAUGAACGUGUUGGCUGGUGGGAUAGGUUCAUCGACAUGGCUGCCCAAGGUUCCUGGCCGGACAAGGUGAAGAUUCGCCAGCUUCGUGGACGAAUGUCUUCGUCGCUCAGGGACUGGCACAACUGGAAGAAGUUGUCUCGUCGGUUCAAGGUCAUGUACUGCCGUACGACUGGUUCCUACUCUGAGCUCUACUACACCAUGAAAGGACAGAAGUUCAAGAGUAUCAGCGAAGUCGAGCAUGCGUUGAGACGCCACGAGGACAUCUGGCGCGAGGAAGGCUAUGACACUCCCCGCCACGACGUGACUUCCGCGCUGACAACGACCCGCAAUGCCGUUUCAAGGCUCGAAAGCCUGGGCGCGCUUUUGUCGCUCAAGGCUCAGAACCUGAUUCAGACUCCGAGCCUGAACGGCGUGUCCAGUUUGAAGAGCCGGAUGUUGAAGUCAAGCCGGCCGCUCAAGUGGCGCUCGCCAAGGGACGAGAGAAGAGUGCAACCCGGAUCUGCGUUCAAGGCCAAUGUCACCGCGUUCAAGCAACUCGCCGUGGCAGAGGACUUGCGAGAGCUGUGGAAGGAUUGGACACUCGAAGGAGAACUGCAGGGCAGACCUGAUCUGUGA